AUGAAAACAUUAGCAUGGAACUGUCGCGGGCUUGGGAACCGGCGCACAGUUCGAGCUCUGAAAGAGCUUUGUACAGUUCAAGAUCCCACAUGUCUUUUCUUGAUGGAAACAAAGAGAAAGGAUCAUGAAAUGAAUCGAAUGCGUGGCUCAACGGGCUUGCAAAAUAUUAUUUCUGUUAGUUGUGCAGGUAAUGGGAACAGGAGGGCUGGUGGUUUGGCUUUGUUAUGGAAAAAUGAGGUGGAUGUUGCUUUGUUAUCUACUUCUUCUAAUCACAUAGAUUGUCUUGUCUCUAUGGAGGAUGGAUCCUUGUCUUACCGUGCUACUGGUAUAUACGGAUUCCCUGAGCAGCAUAGGAAGCACCUCACUUGUGAAUUAAUCAAUACCUUAGCUGGACUUCAUCCUCAACCAGCUUGGAUGGUAUUUGGUGACUUCAACUUAAUCCUACGGGAGGAGGAGAAGUAUGGAGGUGCUUUGCCAAACUUAAACUUCAUAGCGUUGUUUCAAGAGGCCCUUCACAGGAGCAAUUUGAGUGAUAUGGGAUUUGAAGGAAAUAAAUAUACAUGGAGGAAUAAUCAAGAUGGUGCUGAUUUAAUCAUGGCAAGACUGGAUAGAUGCCUUGUGUCUCCUACUUGGCUUGAUAUUUUUCCGCAUGCAAAGAAUGUCCAUCUCUCCCACUUUGCUUCGGACCAUCUUCCUAUUCUAAUUGAUACGAAACCCCGGCAGCGUGGAAGGGGUGGGAAUGGUCGUGUUAUCAGGUUUGAGGAAUGCUGGCUUAGGGAUAAGGAAUGCCCAGAUGUGCUUGCUGGGCUAUGGAAUGAAGGGGGUGCUGACCCCUACACGAGAGCAACUUCUUGUUUGGUGGGAUUAAAGCGUUGGGCAAAGCACCGAUUUGGAAAUGUUCCAGCGGAAAUAAAAGCCACAAAGGAGGAGCUGAAUGGUUUACAAGAAGGAAUCCAUGAGGAAGGUGUGCUGGCAACUAUUAAAAAUUUGGAGGAUCAUUUGGAUGAUUUAUUAGAGAGUGAGGAGAUUUGGUGGUCUCAAAGGUCAAGAGCAAUGUGGCUACAACAUGGGGAUAAAAAUUCCAAAUUUUUCCACCAAAAAGCCACACAGCGGAAGGAACGGAAUUGGGUAGAUUCAAUUCAGGAUGAUGCUAGUAUUUGCUAUGAAAAGGAAGAAGAGAUAGCUCUAGUUAUGACAUAA